UCACCCGGAAGUAGGCGUGGUAUCUCCGCAUGGUCGUGAUGGCGGGCGGCGUGUCCGGGAGAACGGACCCGUUCCCCGGGCCGGCGCCGGUGCCGCGGCCCAGAGUGAAGAGGUUCCUGCGGGGCGCGGACGAGAAAGCGCCCCGCGCCGUCGCCCCCCGGCUCCGCUGGCACCUGAAAAAUUUGGAAAAUCGGGAAAAUUCAGCAGCAGAAAAAGCAGCAAGAUGGGAACCCCUCCUGCCCGAGGAGCCAGGGUUUUUGGAGGCGGAUCCGGGCGAGGAUCCCGCGAGGAUCUCGCAGCGGGAAAUCGCCGACGCCGUGGAUAUCGCCAGCGCCAGCAAG